AUGUCGUAUCAUUACAAUGAAGCUUUUGAAAAUCCAGACUACGGCUUCUCAGAAACACUGGAAAUGGACAGAGGGAGGAGUUCUCAGAAGAGUCAAUUCCCUCUGCAAAACCCCUACAAUUCUUCACCAGCUGGUUCCUACAGAGAGCACAGUGGAAGAGGACAGAAUUACCCUCUGGACAUACCAAUGGCCUCCAUGAGGCAAGGCUCCGAAUACAGCCCAAGUUUGCCGAGAGCAGCAGUCCAAAGCAGAGAUCCAUAUGGAGAUUACCACGACAAUCUUUCCUUUGAGCCUGAGCCAGAACUGGCACACAGCCACUCACCUUCUGCAUUCCUGGAUCUCCCCUAUCCUCGCAGGCUUUCCGGUGCAUCAGAAGAAGCAAAGUUAAUUGGAAGUCUUGUAAGUAUGUCCACCCGUGAAAGGAUUAAAGCAAUCCAGAAGAUGCCAGAGACUAUGAAAAAAAAGAGAGAGAUAAGGAAUAAAGUUCUUAAAGAAAUAACGGAAAAAUCAAGGAGACACAGAAAUCAGUGUGACUGCUGUGCACAGUGUUUGCAGAGAGUGGCAGUGUCAUAUCGACGAUUUAGGAAUACCUUGUCAGAAUAUUUUCACCUACUACAAUUAUGGCAGAAGACCCUGAAGGUCAUCGGUGGCGAGUUUGGAACUGGUGUUCUGUCUUACUUUAUUUUCCUGAAGUGGCUGCUUACUUUCAACAUCUUCUCAUUCCUCAUAAACUUCAGUUUCAUAACAAUCCCUCAGUUUGUUGCAGCCACACCGAAUAAUCUUUCAUUCAUGGGCCUGGAGCUUUUGACUGGAGCUGGUUAUUUUCAGGAAACAGUACUCUACUAUGGCUUUUACACCAAUGCUACAAUUAGGAAGACAGAAAAAGGUGCAUCUUACAACAUGCAGCUGGCCUAUAUUUUCACUGUUGGAAUUUAUUUUGUCAUCUGUUUGCUUAGCUUGGUGUUCAGCAUGGCAAAAUCCUUCCGCAGGAACUUCAUUAACCCUCAGAUGUACUCUGGACAAGCUAGCAAACUUCUCUGCACUUGGGAUUUCAAUAUAACUAAUGAAAAAGCUGUGAAACUGAAGCAAAAGAAUCUCAGCACGCAAAUAAAGGAAGCCCUCUUUGAGGUAAACAGAGAAGUUCUGAAUUUUUCUCUUAAGGAGAGAUUUGUUCAUAUUGUUAUUCAUCUUGCUGCUUGGGUUGCCUCCUUGGGAACAGCAGUAGCUGCUUGUGCUGGUGUUUACUUCCUCUCCAUUCAUAAUCUAGAGCUGUUCAUGAACGAGCAUAAAAAUGACCUGGAGAACCAAGCUGCCAUGUUGGUGCUACCCAUUGUUGCCUCUCUCCUCAAUGCAUUCAUCCCGUUCUUCUACUCAUGGCUUGGGCUCCUGGAGAAAUUUCAGAAUCCCAGACACCAGAUAUAUGUCACUAUUACCAGAAAUAUCAUCCUGAAAAUAUCAAUUGUUGGAAUACUGUGCUACUACUGGCUUAACAUUGUGUCUGCAUCAGAGUCACACUGCUGGGAAACUCUGGUUGGCCAAGAUAUCUAUCGACUUGUCCUGGUUGACUUCAUAUUUUGUUUGCUUGGCUGUCUCUUUGGAGAAUUUGUACGAAGAAUUAUUGGAACCACCGUCUGUGUAAACCUGGGGAUGCCAGAAUUUGAUAUUGCACGAAAUGUUUUAGAUUUGAUCUAUGCACAGACUUUGACCUGGAUUGGUAUCUUCUUCUCGCCUCUGCUGCCUGGUAUCCAGAUGAUAACAUUUUCUAUAGUAUUUUAUGUGAAAAAGGUCAGUCUGAUGAUGAAUUGUCAGCCUCCCCGCAAGGUCUGGAGAGCUGCCCAAAUGACAACACUCUUCAUCUUCCUGCUCUUCUUCCCGUCCUUUGUGGGAGUCCUGUCUGUCAUUGGGGUCACUGUCUGGAGAUUAAAACCUUCAAAAGAAUGUGGUCCUUUCAGGGGUUUAUCUUCUAUGUAUGCUGCAAUCUCUGCAUGGGUGGAAAUACUGAAAAACUACUCUGGCUCGAAAUGGGUAGUGUGGAUCUACCAAAAUUUCUUUGAAAGUGCACUGUUCUUCUUCAUCCUCUCCACCAUUCUGCUAAUUAUUACAUAUCUUUACUGGCAAAUAAUAGAAGGAAGAAAGACCAUGGUCAAGCUCUUGCGUGAGCAAAUUAUGAAUGUAGGAAAAGAUAAAAUGUUUUUACUUGAAAAACUACGAGGACUGCCAACAGCAAGACAAAACCUAUCUGUGCCAAGAGGACAAGACCAGCAGAGAAGCUCUGCUUCAGACCAUUCACCUAUGCGACCUGGCCAGCACAUGCCAAGCUACCCAGAAAGGGCAUUUGACAGAAAUCAAAACACUUUCCGUGAUGAGUUUUCCUAUUCUCCUGAGAUCUUGGAGGGGAUUGGCCUUCCAAUGGAUGCAGAGACAUCUCAGCCAAGCAGCAGGACGGGGAUGUCGGAAGCACUGGCGCUCGCUCUGCGCGCUCGACAAGCAGCUGAAGAAGAGGACGAUGGCCGGGAUUAUUGA